AUGACACUACAACAAAUCCACAAGCACUUGGCCGUUGCAGCUGGCCUCCUGGCCUCCGUCUCCAUUGCACACCCUAUGAGCCUUGUCGAAAUUUGGGAGACCGUCACUGUUGUGGAAACCGUGGUGGUCACCGCCACUAGCACUGUUGGGACAGAGGAGCCGUCGACAACCCUCCCUUCGGCCUGCUACGUGAACGCCGUCUCAACUUCCACUCUCAAUCCUACUGCGGCGUCCAGCAUGCCCUCAGUUGUCUCAUGCAAACCAUCCCGCUCAAGUCUUGCAACUAUGUCUACUUCAUUACAACUGCCAGCUACAACAACUACUCAGCCUUCUCCACCAACCCCAUCCUCACAGACCUACGACUCUGCUCCUUCUCCUGCCACCCUUGCCGCCCUCUAUCAUACUUCUGCUGAACCCGUUGCUAAAACACCCGAAACCACCCCUCCCUCAAAUGAAUUGCCCUGCACCCAAAGAAGUCCCUGCAGCGGUGACAUGACUCACUAUGGCGGUGGUUUAGGUGCAUGCGGAUUUAAUAUCGACACUAAGAAUGACAGUGUUGUCGCUCUUCCGAGCUGGUUAAUGGGUACCAAAAGCAACGACAACCCAUUUUGCCACAAGCUAUUGACCAUCUCCUAUGGAGACAACACACAUAAAGCUACAGUGGGUGACAAGUGCGAUGGCUGCAACGGUCAUUCCAUUGAUGUGACUGAAAAUCUGUUCUCGCAAGUCGCACCGAAUGGCGACGGCCGUGUUCACAAUGUUCUCUGGUGGUUCACUUAG